CGGUGCCAUUUGCUGAUCUUCAGACAACGUGACAGUUUGCCACUUUGAAAAAUUUAUUGCACAACCUCUGAAGGCCAAAAACUCAAGGUUCAACCACAGUUAGCUAUCACUUGGUUUCUGGAACAGUUUUCAUAAGGAAGGAUAGAUCUUUGUGGUGGCGGUGAGUAAGAAAACACAUUAUCAACCCUGAGCACCAACGAGAAUGGGAGAUUGGGGCUUUCUCUCAACUUUACUGGACAAGGUGCAGUCCCACUCUACUGUCAUUGGCAAGAUAUGGAUGAGCGUCCUCUUCAUCUUCAGGAUCCUCGUCCUGGGAGCAGGAGCGGAGAGCGUAUGGGGUGAUGAGCAAUCGAAUUUGGUCUGCAAUACGAUGCAACCUGGUUGCGAGAAUGUGUGCUAUGACUGGAAGUUUCCCAUCUCCCACAUUCGCUUCUGGGUCAUGCAGAUCAUCUUCGUUUCCACGCCAACCCUGGUCUACCUGGGCCACGCGUUCCUUGUCAUCCACAAAGAGAACAAGCUGCGAGAGAAGAUAAAAAGACAGCGCGACAACAAAAUGCUCAAGAUGCCCAAAUACACAGAUGACAAGGGCCACGUCAGGAUCAGGGGGAACCUUCUAGGAAGCUAUCUCACCCAGCUUUUCUUUAAGAUCAUCUUAGAGCUGGCUUUCAUUGUGGGACAGUAUUAUUUGUACGGCUUCGUCAUGAUCCCUGAGUUUGCUUGCUCUAAAAAUCCAUGCCCCUACACCGUAGAGUGCUUCAUGUCUCGUCCCACGGAGAAGACCAUCUUCAUCAUCUUCAUGCUGGUGGUGGCCUGUGUGUCUCUACUGCUGAACAUCAUAGAGGUUUUCUACUUGAUUUGCACCAGGGUUAGAUGUCGUUCUGGAAAGCGACGCGUGCUCAACACCACGUCGGCCGAAAACCCAGCCACCCUGUCCACUUCGUGGCAGAACAGACUGGGGGCUGAGGAUCCUCUGAAGCAAAACAAGCUGAACAUGCAGUAUGAGAGUGGACAGAGUGUCUCUGUGAGCCUGGACGGAGCAAAGGAGGACAAACAUCUGUUACAGGACCAUUAGAUUUAGUGACAAAUUUGCUCCUGGUCAAACUUCAUGUUUUGUUGAAAUGAAAAUAAGUAGACAUCCCCUACAGAGUACACACUAAUUAACCCGUCCACUGUAGAUGCUUUGUAGAUGCUCAGUCUAUCUUUAACUAACCUUCAACUAAAUACCUAUUAAAUGAAACUGAACUUGAAGUUGUGUGUGAAAGAUUCUAUUAAAUCUACCACAAACCCUAACUCCAACCUCAAGACAAAACCUACACCUACUCCUAGACCUAACCCUAACCUUAAUGCUGCUGAUAAUCAACUAUCACCAGAAGGUUUGUUAAUAAGUAUCUGUAGAUCAUCUAUAGGGGACCAUCCGAACAAAGCGUGACCACAGUUACUGCUUGUUUGCUGAAUGUAACAUACUGUAAAAAAUAAAACCUGUGCAAAAGUUUCAUGUUUAUUUCAUAAUAUGUAAACUAAAUUUGCAGAAAAAUGCCACAGAAGUGUGUUCUCUGUAGAGAUUGUGUUAAAUUCUUACACUUAUAAUAUCCACAAAAUGUCAUUUGACUGGGGAUACUUAGACAUUUGCAUGCGACUAUGACUUUUCUGAGAAAACGUUAUUUUUACAUGUGUGGUUCAAAUACAAUAGGGUCCAGGAGAAGUUAGUUAGGAGAACUUAACUAAGUUAAGUUAAUUCAAGCCAAGAAACUACUUUGUAUUAAGUUGACCUGACUUCACAUUUUUACAGCACAUAUUUCAGAGGUCUUUUGAGAAAAAUCACCAGAUUUUGACUCCAUCCAGAAACAUUUAAGAAGAGAAAAGGCCAAAUGGGCUGCUGUGAACGAGAGAUGGACUAACAAGGAUUCUUCAGCUCUGUAGAAACUUGAGUAAUUGAUGGCAGGCAGAAUUCAAACUGGGAUUAAGGCAAACUGGACACUUUGACUUUCAGUCAAUUAUAGUGAAGAAUGGUUUUGUUAGAGAGAUGUAACUCAGAUUAUAUGUUUUUCAGAACUGAUAAAAUAGUGCUUGGUGUGGAACUCACUGUUUAUGACGUUUAAUAGAACAAUAGACUAUCAUACAUUAAUCUGCUAGUGCUGUAUGAUACAGACAUAUGUCUAGAAAAGAAUUUGAUUUGAAAUAGUGUUUUAUUGUUUGUUCAUGAAUCAUGUUUUAUGCAUUGUGGUAAUUUAUGCAUUAUUAUAGCGGCACGUGUAUUGGUGAGUCUUUGUUACCUUUAUUUGUCUUUUUUAGCUACUGUGUGUAUUCGCUGGAACAUAACUUAUAGAGAAGUAUUUGUUGGCUCCAAAGUAUUUCAGUAUUCUUUAGUAUGAAUGUUGCUCACAUAUAAGACUGUAGUGUAUGAUCUCUUCAUCUGAAUAAAGCCUUUUAAAACAUUGUAA